AUGCCGGAUGUAGAUUCACAAUUGAGUUCAUUGUCUGCUGGUAAGAUGUUCUGCACUUUAGAUUUAUCGAAUGGUUAUUUACAGAUACCUUUGGCUGAGGGAGCGAAAGACAAGACUUCAUUUAUCACUCCUGAUGCAGUAUACAAGUUCGAACGUAUGCCUUUUGGUUUGAGAAAUGCUCCAGCUGAGUUUUGCCGAUUGAUGGACCAGGUGUUGGGAACUCUCAAGAGGGAAGGUGUUGUUCGUUGUUACAUCGACGAUGUCAUUAUUCCAGCAAAAUCCACUCACACUCAAUCAGCUAUUAGAAGUUUACAGAAGUUUGUUGAUCAAUGGGGAUUGCCGGAUCGUUUGAUAACAGAUAGAGGGACAUGCUUUACUUCCAAGGCGUUCCAGGAUUACUGUCAACAUAAUGGGAUCAGGCACACUCUCAACUCGUCUCGACAUCCGCAAGCAAAUGGACAAGUGGAGAGGACCAAUAGAACCUUAUUGCCAAUGCUUGCAAUUCAAGCACAAGAUCAAAAAUUAUGGGAUCAGAAGCUGAAAGAAGUUGAACGUGACAUAAACAACACGGAAAGUAAGACUACCAGAUACACACCAUUUGAGUUAAUCCACGGAUACCGGCCUCAGUUUCAUUCAAGCGUGCUGAGAUUACUAGAUGGUGUUGGUACACAUCAGCCUUUGAAUUCAGUAGAGUUACAGGCCAAGGCAAGAGAUAACAUUUUGAAAACUCAGGUAUCAAUGAAAGAAAGAUAUGAUCAGAAAAGGAACAAAUCGAUAAGCUAUGAAGUUGGAGAAAUGGUGGCAAUGCUGCGUGCACCUACCCCAGGUCAAUCUACCAAGCUUCAGACCAAGUAUCGGGGCCCAUUGCAAGUUAUAGGGAAACUACCUGGAAACACAUAUCGAGUCGCUGAGAUGGCAAGGGAUGGUAAACACAUUUAUGCUACAACGGCUCAUGUGUCUCAGUUGAAGGCAGUUUCAAUAAUGCAAGAGGAGCAGCUUGAGGAAAAAGGAAGUGGGUCAUCAGCAGAUGAAGAUGAAGAGACUAACAAAUCAAAUGCUGAUCUACCAAGGGUGGAAGAAACUGUUAAGCUUAAACGUCAAAGAAAACCACCAAAGUAUUUAGAAGAUUAUGUUUAA